AUAAAUAAGUCGAAAUGUUGUUUAACGGUACUUAUUGAAUUAACGAAGGGUCACUCAGAAACAAUGGCAUCAAGAAUCGUUAUCCUUCUUUCAAUUCUAUUCACCCUCUAUAUUACUUCGAUCACUUGCUACCCUAUUUACGAUGGCAUUGGGCCAUCGUACUAUGGUGGCCCACCAAUAAUCAUAAAAGACCGCAAGAGUGGAAGCGACAGGGACAUUCUCUACCCCAUUAUGUUGUUAUGUUUAUUUGGUGGUGAUGGUUACGGUUGCUUUUGAAAUGUAACUUUAUUUUAAUACAGCUAUGAAAGUGAAAAAUAUGAAUUUAUUUUAAGCAACCGCAAUCUUUAUAAUAUUAGCUUGUAUCAAAUGUAAUACGGAUUAUUUUUUCAUCAUCCAUCAUUUUUUCGCGACAUAUAAAUCAUUGGAACUAAAAUCAAUACUUGGUAAAUCGCCUAUAUUUUUCCGAGUAAAUAGUCUAUUAGUCACGUAGCAUUGAUCGCAAAUUCGAAUUUAGUGAGCAAGAAUAAGCGUUCCAUUAAGAAAAGUUCAUAUUAUAAGCGUAUUCGGUUUUGACAGCAGAAUAGUACACCGCUUGUUUUCCCAAGAGUGAAAGUAACAGCUAUAACCAGAUGUUAAAAACUAAAAUCAAUUUCCUCAGUAUUGAGUUGAAUCUGGAAACGAUGAUGGACACAUUACAUUUCGUAAAAGAAAGAAAAUAGUCAUUUUGUUUAGUGAACAUAUGAGUAAAUAUUAUGAUUUCAAAAAUAAGUUGUUAACUACACAAAUAAGGAGAAAAUUAUUCAAUACAGCUGAAAUCAGUCCAAAUAUGAAGCCGUUUCCUUAUCUCCUUGAUUAGAUUAAAAUCAAAAUUGUUUCCAUUCCAAGUUCCUGUUUAAUUAUUUAUCAAUGAGAGUAAUGAUUUAGAAAUAACAGACCGUGCGAAAUGUCGAUUUCUAACUGUGGUGAAGAAGAUGAUGUCUAUCCACUCCACGAGUGUAUAUUUACUGGUGAUGUUCGAAAGCUGUCGUCGUUACUAAGAAACAACGAUGUGGCUCGUAAAGACAAGCACGGUAACACGGCCCUGCACCUGGCCGUCAUGCUCGGCCGUAAGGACUGCAUCCAGCUGCUGUUGGCGCACAGCGCUCCAGUCAAAGUCAAGAACCUGGCGGGCUGGUCACCGCUGGCCGAAGCUAUCAGCUACGGCGACCGCCAGACUAUAUCAUCACUUGUGCGCAAACUGAAGCAGCAGGCUCGUGAGCAGAUGGAGCGGCGCAGGCCCGAUCUUAUAAGAGCACUUGCUCAGAUACAAGAUUUCUACAUGGAGCUGAAGUGGGAUUUCCACUCAUGGGUACCUUUGGUCUCCAGAAUAUUACCAUCUGAUGUUUGCAAAAUUUACAAGUCAGGUUCCGGGAUAAGGUUGGAUACAACACUAGUGGAUUUCACCGACAUGAAAUGGGAAAGAGGAGAUAUAUCUUUUAUUUUCCAAGGAGAGAAACCGCCGAGUGAGUCCCUUACUGUUUUAGAUAACAAAGCUAAGGUGUACCAAAGAGUGCGCUAUGAAGAGACCGAAACUGAAAUUGAAGAUGAAGUAGACAUCCUGAUGUCAAGUGACAUUCUUGCAGCUCAGAUGUCCACUAAAGGCAUUUCAUUUACUAGGGCUCAGUCUGGUUGGAUAUUCCGUGAGGACCGCAAAGAAACUGUUGCCGGCUUAUACAGAAGUGAUAUAUAUACUAUCACAGGGCUUGUACUAGAAUCCCGUAAACGCCGCGAACAUCUAUCCACAGAUGACCUCCAGAAAAAUAAAGCUAUAAUCGAGAGCCUGACCAAAGGGAAUACACAAAACUUGGAUACUAAUGGUGAACCCACACGUCGUGCAUCACUGAAUCCUCCGCCUGAUAAUGAUACAGACUGGUCCUCGUACAUAUCUUCUCCUCCUGGUUUGUACCCAAGCCUUGGUCGAGAUCUUGUCUAUAAAGAAUCUUCUAGGAAUUUCCGAGCUACUAUUGCCAUGAGCGAUGAUUUUCCCCUGAGUGUGGAUAUGCUUUUGAAUGUAUUGGAAGUAAUUGCACCAUUUAAACAUUUCGCAAAACUACGACAAUUUGUGGCUAUGAAAUUACCCAGAGGAUUCCCAGUGAAAAUUGAUAUUCCGAUUCUGCCAACGGUGACAGCAAAAAUUACAUUUCAAAAGUUUGAUUUCCGUAGUGAUAUUGCUCCAGAUCUGUUCGUAAUACCCGACGACUUUGUAGAGGAUCCCUUACGGUUCCCUGAUUUAUGACGCUUUGAUGUUCUAACACUGUUUGAUAUUGGUGAACGGCCUAAUUGGCGGCGUGAAGUGCGGCGUGGUCGUGUGAGGCGCAUGGGGCGGCGCAAGCACCUGAGGCGUAGCCUACUCUCUAUAGAAUUUCCUUUGCCUGUUAGCCUGGGCAGCUAUUAUUCCAGCCAUUGUGUCCUUUUUGUUGAAUAGCCAAAUUUUAUGUUCAAAUUAUAAAUUGAUGUUGGUUUGUCUUCUAUAUGUAGUCAUUUUGUUCAACAGUGUUAGAAUUAUGUGUAUUAUUCCUUUAGUAUUUUUAAUUAUUGAAACAAACGGCUCAUGUUUUGAUUAUAAAAUUAUAAAAUGUUUUAAUAUAUUUUUACUAUCUUACUUCUACAUUAUGAUGAUAGAAUAUUGUGAUUUUGUUUCAGGCUUCAUUUCAGAAGUCUAAAGUUAUAUUUAGUUUGUUAUAUUGUAGUAUGUAUUUUGUCUUAUUUAUUAAAAUAAUAAUAUUUAUUGAGAAUAUAGGCAUCAUAUCUGUUAAUAGAAUUACUGUUCUGGCCUUGACAAAAUUAUCCUGGUCUCUGCAUUGGCACCUUAGUCCAUGGCCUACUCUCAAUGCAAGGCAUUGACUAGAUUCAAUCUGCACAGUUCACUUAGGUACUAAUUUAGUUGUACAAUUACAUGGCAGUGUAGUGUUUAAAUGUCCAUUAAAAAUUGAACAUGACAAUGCUCAUACAUAUGAUUAGAGCUUGCAUGAUGGUGUUUAAUAAAUUAGUAAUGCUAACAUGCGGUAGAUGAGCAUGUGGCUAUUGUAUGGCGAAUUUUCUUAGAAGUACCAUAUAAAAAUGAUUAAAUCUCUUGAGGCUGAAAUACUGCCACUUCACUCUUGUACCUUCAGCAUUUGGUAUCUAUAUCUUAUUGUAUUAGUGUUUAAUUAUGUAACUUACAUACUUAUAUAGAAAUAAAAUAGUUGAAUGUAUAUGAUGUUUUAGAUGUCUUAGUCAAUUGCCACAUUACCAUUUUCUGUGUAUUCACAAUACCACAGGUGUUCGUUUGUAAAUAUCAAAAUUAUUUAUUGUAUUUGAACUCUUAGGCUUAUCAAAGUUAAAGCACUGAAUGUACUUAUUUUUACUAAAUUUUAGCACAUGAUACCUAUACUGUAGAGUAGAGCCAGAUGCUUACGUAGUGAAUUGCGCAAUAGUUUUUAUUCAUGUCUAGUAUAUCGACAAUAACUUUGAAAUGAAAUCCCACCAAACAAAAUAUUAAUGUUAUGUAUAAAAUAUUUCUUCUUGCCAGUAGUGUUUUAGUCAAUAUAAAGACAAAAAAUAUGUGACAAUCUAUCUGUAAAACACUUAAAUGUGAAAAAA